GGCGACGCGGACCUCGGCGCCACGUCCAGCUCCGGCGAGCGCAGCGAGUCUCCUGGGACGCUGCCGAGGCACUUGCUGGGGAGUGUGGCCGCGCGGGGCUGCGGUCUAGAUGCCGAGCCCCUUCCAGGCGCAGGCGUCGCCGCGGAGGUGCGUUGUCGGGGGAGGCGGCCUGGGCGCCGCGAGCGGGGGGGCUUUUCUGCGCCCGGCGAAGCGCGUGGAACUUGCGCCCUGAGGCAGCGCGGCGAGAGCCCAGUCCCAGAGACUGGGGCGAGCCUCCUCAGGAUUCCUCGCCCCAGUGCGGGCUGCUGUGAGCUUAGACGAAGAGGCAUCUCCCUACACUUUGGUCAACAUCUGCCUGAAUGUCCUGAUUGCUAACCUGGAGAAAUUGUGUUCUGAAAGACCUGAUGGAACACUGUGCCUUCCGGAGCAUUGGAGUUUCCCUCAGGAAGUAGCCGAUCGAUUUCUCAGGGUGAUGACUUGGCAAGGCAAGCUGACUGACAGAACAGCAAGCAUUUUCCGAGGCAACCAAAUGAAACUGAAGCUGGUCAAUAUCCAAAAAGCUAAAAUCUCUACAGCUGCAUUCAUAAAAGCCUUCUGCCGUCAUAAGCUCAUUGAACUGAAUGCUACUGCAGUGCACGCUGACCUCCCAGUUCCAGACAUCAUAAGUGGACUCUGCAGCAAUAGGUGGAUCCAGCAAAACCUCCAGUGUCUCCUGUUAGACUCGACAAGCAUCCCUCAAAAUUCAAGAUUACUGUUCUUUAGUCAGCUCACUGGUCUUCGCGUUUUAAGUGUUUUUAAUGUUUGUUUUCAUACUGAAGACCUGGCUAAUGUUUCUCAGUUACCAAGACUGGAAAGCUUAGAUAUCUCUAAUACUCUAGUCACUGAUAUUUCUGCACUGCUUACCUGUAAGGAUCGAUUGAAGUCUCUCACAAUGCACUAUCUGAAAUGCCUGGCCAUGACCAAACCACAAAUUCUUGCAGUCAUUAGAGAACUUAAAUGUCUGCUUCACCUUGACGUUUCUGAUCACAGGGAACUCAAAUCAGACCUAGCUUUUCAUUUGCUACAGCAGAAGGAUAUCCUGCCCAAUGUUGUGUCAUUGGAUAUUUCUGGGGGCAAUUGCAUCACUGAUGAAGCUGUAGAACUGUUUAUACGACAGCGGCCUGCCAUGCAAUUUGUGGGACUAUUGGCCACGGAUGCUGGCUCUUCUGACUUCUUUACUACAAAGCAAGGCUUGAGGGUUGCUGGAGGAGCCAGUAUGAGUCAGAUUUCAGAAGCACUGAGCCGAUACAGGGACAGAUCAUGUUUUAUGAAGGAAGCCCUCCACAGGCUGUUCACAGAGACAUUUUCAAUGGAGGUAACCAUGCCUGCUAUUUUAAAGCUUGUGGCUAUAGGAAUGAGGAAUCACCCGUUGGAUUUGCAAGUGCAGUUCACAGCCAGUGCUUGCGCUCUCAACCUAACACGCCAGGGCCUGGCCAAGGGGAUGCCUGUUCGCCUGUUGUCAGAGGUCACCUGUCUACUUUUCAAGGCUCUGAAAAAUUUCCCCCAUUACCAGCAGUUACAGAAGAAUUGUCUUCUCUCCUUAACCAAUUCCAGGAUUCUUGUGGAUGUUCCAUUUGACAGGUUUGAUGCUGCCAAGUUUGUCAUGAGUUGGCUCUGUAAGCGUGAAAACCCCAAGAUGCAAACAAUGGCAGUGAGUGUCACCUGUAUUCUGGCUCUGCAGCUCUCACCUGAGCAAACGGCACAGCUUGAAGAGCUUUUCAUGGCAGUUAAGGAACUUCUAGCAAUAGUAAAACAGAAGACUACUGAGAAUUUAGAUGAUGUCACCUUCUUGUUUACUUUGAAAGCACUUUGGAAUCUUACAGAUGGGUCUCCAGCUGCCUGCAAGCACUUCAUUGAAAAUCAAGGAUUGCAAAUCUUCAUCCAAGUCUUGGAGACCUUUUCAGAGUCAGCAAUACAAAGCAAAGUACUUGGUCUUUUGAACAACAUAGCAGAAGUCAGAGAGCUCUCUUCCAAGCUGGUGACCGAAGAUGUGCUGAAGCAUAUCAACAGUUUACUCUGUAGCAGGGAAAUGGAAGUCAGCUAUUUUGCUGCAGGUAUCAUAGCCCACCUGACAUCUGACAGACAGCUUUGGAUAUCCCGUGACUUCCAGAGGCGUACUCUUCUCCGAGAUCUGCAUGCAACCAUACAGAAUUGGCCAAGUUCAAGUUGUAAGAUGACAGCAUUGGUGACCUAUAGAUCUUUCAAGACAUUUUUCCCUCUCCUUGGCAACUUCUCUCAACCAGAGGUUCAGCUCUGGGCACUAUGGGCUAUGUAUCAUGUCUGCAGUAAAAAUCCCAGCAAAUACUGCAAAAUGUUAGUUGAAGAAGAAGGAUUGCAGCUUUUGUGUGAUAUCCAGGAGCACAGUGAGGCAACCCCCAAAGCACAGCAGAUUGCAGCCUCCAUUCUGGAUGACUUCAGAAUGCAUUUCAUGAAUUAUCAGAGGCCCACUCUGUGUCAAAUGCCCUUCUGAACCUAAGGAACUUCAGAGGUGUGUGCUCUUCCUCAAUGUCAGGUGUUCUGUCCUGGCAGUAAUUGCACAUCAGUUGUCAUUGGAGUUUGUGAGUUGGCUGUCUCAUUGGCCUUUGAUUGUUGAUUUUAUAUAUGUUACAAAAGGUUGGAUUUGUAUGAUAGCCGUAAUCCCAAGUCAAGUUGGACUCAUUCUGCAGCCUUUCAGCAGCAAUUUUGAAGACUCAAACCGUGGACUCUGGGAAGACCUGGGAGCUUGUGUUGGAACAGCUAUGCAAGUUACUUUUCUGUAGCCUUGGACAUUUUUUUCCCUUUGGGAGCUUGUCAUGGGAGCGGGACCUGUUCACUAGAAGAGAAAGGAAAGACCUACAGGGAGACUUUGAUAUUUAUAUUAAAUUUCCUUUGUUGUUAUCGUCAUGUGAAGCUAUGAGAAAAGCUUGGGAAGCAUAUGCUUCAAAAUGUGUUUAGAAGGCAGAACCCCUGUUGGAGAGCGGGGAAAAGAAUUUAUUUAUUUAUUUAUUUAUCUAUGGCUGGGUAUGGUGGCUCACGCCUGUAAUCCCAGCACUUUGGGAGGCCAAAGCAGUGGAUUGUCUGAACUCAGGAGUUCGAGAUCAGCCUUGCCAACGUGGUAAAACUCCGUCUCUACCAAAAAAUACAAAAAUUAGCUGAGCGUGGUGGUGUGCACCUUUACUCCUAGCUACUUGGAGGCUGAGGUGGGAGGACCACUUGAGCCCAGGAGGCAGAGGUUGCAGUGAGCUGAGAUUGCACCACUGCACUCCAGCCUGGAUGACAGAGUGAGACCUCAUCUCAAAUGAAUAGAGGGGUGGAGGAAAGAGAAAUAUAUUUUUUUACCUUUUUUUUUUUUUUUUUUUUUUGUGACGGAAUCUCGCUCUGUCGCCCAGGCUGGAGUGCAGUGGCACAAUCUCGGCUCACUGCAACCUCUGCCUCCCAGGUUCCAGCAAUUCUCCUGCCUCAGCCUCCUGAGUAGCUGGGACUACAGGCACAUGCCGCCACACCCGGCUAAUUUUUGUAUUUUUUAGUAGAGACAGGGUUUCACCAUAUUGGUCAGGCUGGUCUCGACCUCCUGACCUCGUGAUCCACCCGUCUCGGCCUCCCAAAGUGCUGGGAUUACAGGUGUGAGUCACUGCACCUGGCCUUUUUACAAUUUUGGGUGUCUGUCUUUGGCACGUUUCCUGUUAUGUGAGCAUGACAUGCUGUGUAUGUGAGUGAGCUUGUAGGGCGUGGUGGGACUUAGGCAUUUGCAGACAGUGUUUAGAUGAAAGAUUAUAUGUAAUGAUAAAUCUGAAUCCCUCCAUUUUAUUUGUGUGGGACCAUGACCAAAAAUGGUAGGAAGAGGAAAGGCCAGAAAGAGACUUUGCCAGAGAGUUCACGGAGUUUUCUUACCCAGCAUGCUGACUAAAGAAAACAUGGGCUUUUCUGAAACCAGCUUCAACUACAGUGUAAACUAUAUCAGAAGCUUAUUUGAUAAGCCGUGCGGAGCUGCUCUGAGGAAUAGAGUGUGAAUUCCUUCCUUGCCUUAUUGUUGACUGUUAAUGAACAUGUUUUGUCAUUUAUCUGUUUAAGUUUUUCCGAAAAUAAAAGUAAAUUUCUGUUAGCACAUUUUAGGACUAGAUUUUUGUGCUUUUAGCUGGCUUGGUUCAGAUUCUUAACUAGAGUACUAUGUACUGUCUUUGGAAAUGAAAUGAGGAAGAAGCUCAUUCUCUUACUUUAAACCAUGUUCCAAACUAUUACCAGAGUCCAACCAGAUAAGCAGAAUUUGUAACCUUACUUCCUUCCAUAGUCCUUAAACUGUACUGUAUUUUUUCACACUCUUGCAUGAUUCCAAAAGGAUAUCUUCCUGACCUGGGUUCUAGUACCUCAGAACAUUGUUAACAGAUGCUAGCUUAUUCUAAUGUGAGGAUAUGUUAGGGGAACUAGUGUGUUAAGUCCAAUUCUGUACAAGACAUCCUUUCAAGUUCUGUGUCAUUCACAACAAUCCUCAUGGGUAGGUGAGUUUUAUUUUCCUCACUUAACGGAUGAGAAAAAGGAAGUUCAGUAAGGUGGUUACUUUCCUGGGUUGUCAUAGCUGGUGUGGUUUGUGCUGACUGUAAAGGCCUGGGCUCUCCUGUGUUAUUCUUCCUUCCAGGAUGCAAGCAUAACCCUGGGAGCACAUUUGUAUUUUGCAGAAAUCAGCAAUGUUAUUUAUAUUGUAUCCAUGCCCAUGGUUUAGUGACUCUAGGCCAGGCUGAGGCUCAGCUUAGCCAGUGCUCAGAUCCAGUUGGAGAAUGACUACAAGGGCAUAGCUUAAGAUGUAGCCUUGGUACCAGAGGAGGGAGGGGUAUUGGGACCAGUAUGGUUAUGUAUCAGCCUGCUCUUGGUUUUCUAAGUGUAUCAUCCUCUUCCUCACCUUUGCUCAUGCUGUGUCAAGCUUCCUCUUCUGUACUUGAAAUGUUCCUUAAUCCUUCAGGCUUCAAUUCCAAUGUUAGUUGCCCAUUUCCGGAUCCUCCCUUCUUUCCAUUAGAGUUAAUUGCCCCCUUCUUCUCAGUGCUCCUAAAUGCUAUCAAAGAGUCUCCUGGAGGCUAGGUGUAGUGGCAUACACCUGUAAUCCCAGCACUGUGGGAGGCCCAGGCGGGCGAAUUGAUUGAGCCCAAUAGUUCAAGACCAGCCUGGGUGAUACAGCGAAAUCCUGUCUCUACAAAAAAAUACAAAAAUUAGCUGGGCAUGGUGGCAUUUGCCUGUAGUCCCAGCUACUCCAGAGGCUGAGGUGGGAGGAUCACUUGAGCCUGGGAAGUGGAGGCUGCAGUGAGCUGAGAUGGCGCCACUGCACUCUAGCCUGGAGCCUGGGUGGCAGAGUGAGACCCUGUUCCAAAAAAUAAAAAGAAUUUUCUGCCACCCUGUAGUUUACAAAAGUGUUUCACAGUGAUGAUUUCAUUUGGUCCUCACGAAAACACUGUAAGUUAACAAUUAAAACAUAUUUAUUGAA